AUGCAGACCCCUCCAAACCCCCUCCCCCAGAAAGAAAAGGGACUGGCCUCUGUAACCGGAACCAAUACAAGGAACCAGAAACCAAGCCGGAACCACCCAAGACCAAACAACGCCCACACCCUUCCAAGGCCAACCACCCAUCCCCACCCCAAAAGGAAACUUACACCCACCCCAACAUUUGAUCAACUCCCAGAGCACAUAAGACAUUGGACACCCAGGUUGACCAUGCCCCACCCCCUCCCGCAGACCCUCUGCCCCGCCAGCAGAAUGUGCCCCUUGAAGGAAGGAGCACCUGCCAUGAGAUGGGACUUAUCUGCCAGUUUUGGAGGCCCCUUUGCCCACCAAUGCACCAAGGGUCCCCGAGCCAGGGCCGGGCGCCCAGGAAUGCACCGGCCCAAAACCCCGGCGACAUACCCGCCUGGACCCAAGACCCCCAAGGCCCAGCCAGGACCCCAGCCCAAGGAACCCCGAGCCCCCAAGCCCACCGCAGACCCACCCAGGAGCAGCACGACCACCUAUGUCCGUCGGCGCAGGCCCCCCGAAAGCAUCGCAUGCUGUUACCAGAUGUCUCCCCCAAGAGCCACCAAACCUCACCCCGGCCGGGACCACAGCCCCCAGCGCCAGACCCCCCAGCGAUCCCAGCCCAGGGACACCCCCCUGAAUCCGCCACAACGCCCCACAGGAUAA